CACAGUCUCGUAAUGUGUGCUAAAGUGGAUUAGGUCGCUGGUGUGAGAUUUAAUCCUUUAAAACUGACUCGCUCGUGCUUGAAAAAGAGAAAAGCAGUCUGGAUUCAUGGCUUCAGAUCUGCAGCUGAAAAGAGCUCCAUUCCCGCAGGAGGAGGAGGAGGAAUUUCAGCAGAUCCUGAAGCAGAUCGGUGGGAAGGGGAAUGUUUAUCUGGUGGGUGAUGUGAACAGGGAGGAUGGGGAGUGUAAAUGCAGCCUGAUGAAGGAGUUUGUUGCUGAUGUUUUGCCUGUGGACGACCUGCACAGAGAAAUCAACAGCAACGGGGGCGUCAAGUCCGACUGCUGUCCCGGGCAAGAUGGUCAACAACGAAAACCAGAAGUGGGUGCGAGUAUCAGGGCUAAAUCUGACAAGGGGAGAGCUAUGCGCUGUGCCUUAGUCAUUUUCAUAUUCAGACAUAGUUAUGUCCAUGAGAAAGCCAACCACGUCUGUGUGAAAGAGGUGCUGAAGGAUGUCAAGGCCAGGACAGUAGGUCAUGGAGCUUGGCCUGGCCUGCUCGGACUGGUGCAUGCCCACAGUGAAAGUCCAGAAACCAGGGAAUCGGUGGAGCUUUUGGAGCAGAUGCUGAGGUCCGUGUUCAGGAAACAUCCACAUGACUCCAUAUGGGCUGGGCAUUUUGUUCCUAAAGCACUGGAAGGAGUGCAGGCCAUCAGGAGACAUGUCUGCAAAGCUGUGCUUUCUGCUCAGGCCACAGAUAACGCCCCAGUCCAAAAGGGCCACUUGUUCUUGUCAGUGCGACAGUGGUUUAGAAGAGGACGGAGAGACAGAGCAAACAAUUCUUCAAAUUGUCAGGUACAUAGAGGAAACACAGAAAGCACAGAAGAAGGAAUCCCCCUGCAGAAGAGAGCUGAGCCACGUGUAUUAGAGCCGGGGUACUAAUGCACUAAACGACCACUGGACCUGUGAAAUACGCACACUGUGAACAUAGACUACAGCUUUGAUUGAUUAAGAUAACAAAACCUUUAAAGGGGUAUUACACUAACUAACAAAAUCUCUACAUAAUUAAUGUGUUACAAUGUAACCAACGUUAUUAAAAUUGGUCAUGUGUGGAAUUCUCCAUUUUGCAAAAGUUGUUUACAGUGAUACAGAGUUUAAUGCCUCCUAAAGCUUCUUAACUGAAAGUUAUUACACAGAAUGAUUAUGAAUAUGCGGCCUGAAGUCUGAGACAGGCAUCAUGUAUCAAAGAAAGCAAAUGUGGUUUUGAUCGUGUUCAUUAUGGAUAUCCUGACUUUGUUUACCAUCACUGUAAAAACAAAAUAGUUUCUUUCAAAACCAAUUUAUACCAAACCUAUUCUGAAUUAAAGAGUGUGUUUACAUGCACUUCAUAAUUUGUUUAUUAUUUAAGUGGUCAGGUAAACAGCAACCUUUGGAGUCUAGAAAGCUGAUUAAAAAAAGAUGGACUUCAGCACAGUAAUCAUAUUUCUCAGUCCUUUUAUACUCUUAAUUGGAGUAUUCUCAGGGUUCUUGGUUGGUGCUUGCAUGAAAACAGACUGUGGUACCAGAAAUUCACUGGGUCUGUGAUGUUUUUGAAUUCAUCUAAAUGACUGAUCGCAUUACUGACUGAUGUUUUGCAGUAAUCAGAUUAUAAUAUGCAUGUAAACACUCUCAAUGUUUACAUCUGAAACACUAAAUUAUGCAGAACAUUAGAAAUAGCAGUGAAAAUCCCCUUUAAAUAUUUUUUAAGGAUGAUUUGAUAUCCUUAGUAUUGUUUACAAUACAACCCUACAUAUGAUAAAUUAAGCUUGGAAUACUUGUCUUUCAUUCAAUCCUUUGCUGACUGACCUCAAACUUGUCCUUCUCAGUGUUUACUCUCAGGCAAAGGCUUAAAUGGAGAUGUAGGGAAAUCUUUGUUUGUAAGCUACUGAUGAUCAUUGUAUCUGAUUAAAAGAAACAGAAAAUGCACCAUCAGUUUAUUCUUUUUAAAACACUGUACAAACACAAGUACUGGUACAUGACUGAUUACAAUGUGUAAUUUUUCACUAUUUCUCCUGCCAUGAAAUGAGCCACAUCAAUUGUAAAUUUCACAAAAAAGUUCACACCAACUGCCUAAAGUUAGAGUAAAAAAUGCUAACACUUUAAGAAGUAUAAUUCACUAGGAAGUCAAUACAGUCUAGAUAUAAAAACUAUGAAAAAUUUGAGAGAUAUUAUAAGUAGUGCUUUAGCCCAGACUGCUUUCUGACUGAGGCACAGCCAAUCACAACAGAGGUUAUUUACAGUCUACAGUUUUUUUAGUCUACAUGUACAGGCUGUUUUUUUAUAUUGAUAGUUUAAUGAAAUUAUCACAUAAAAAAAUAAUUGACUUAACUGUAUUUAGAAUGUGAUCUCCCUCAGUGAGGUCAGUUUGGAUUAAUUCAGACAUUAACAGUAAAACAUAAACAUGCUGGGACAUAUUCCAGGACAUAAGAAUAUCACAAAAGACCUGGUUUAAGCUUAACCACGUCUGUUGAUGACUAAAUAAAGUUUACUGUUUAGAAUCAUACAAAGGAUUUUUUUAGAGACAUAUUGCAGUAGACUGGUAGUGUCUAAUGAAUGUAAUGUAUUAAUGCUGAUUAUAUUUUUAUUCUCUUUUUCUAUUUGACGGUAUUUUUGUAAUGAACUCAAGUUUUGAUAAUUCGUACAAACAGUAUAUUUAUAUAUUUUUGUGUACGGUAAUCUGUGUCAUACUGACAAUUAGUUUUCGUUUGUGUUGUUUGUGACAAAAAUUGGUUUCUAGAAGAUCCAAAUAAAUGAGAAUAGUAUUCAAAAUUA